AUUUUACUUUCGUUUUGUUAGUCCACUAGUGGGGAUUUCCUCAGUGUUGUUGUUCAUGUAAUGUUGUUCGUGGGUAAUUUAUACAUCAAACCUGAAAGGUCUGACUUCUUGAUAGACUGGUCAAAAAUAAAAAGCAGCCUCGCAUUAUUGCAGUCAGUCUAAAUCGUCUUCAAAAUGUGAUGUGGAAUGUGUAUAUUUCAUGAAAGAAAGUUCCAGCGAACUUGAUAAUAUAAAUAUAUUAAGUUUGGACUUACACGUGAGAUUCAAGGCAUGGCGAAUCCCGGAAGAAAUAAUUUUUCAAAUAUAACACAAAAUGGGACGUUUCAAAAUACAGGAGUUUCAAAUACAAACAGGACAGAAAAUACAACCAAUCAGGAAAACACUGGCGAGCAAGCUCAUAGAAGGGGACCCCAACCAGCAAAUGUUGAUAUCAAUUUCGAUACCUCGGCGCUGUUCGGCGAAAAUUCAUUGAGUGAUAUUCUUGGACAAGGAGAAGCAAAAGAAAACUUUGAAGCUCUUCUACAAUCAGGUCAAGGGGAAGAUGGGAGCAAUGUUAGGAAAUUUUUAGAAAGUGCUGGUAUCCCCGCCUCUGCAAUGGAGCCCACUCAACAAGGAGGGGGUAACCCUUUUGGUAUUGGAGGUUCUUUGGGAGGAAUGGCGGGGAUGGGAGGAGGGGGAGGAAUGGGUGCUCUUUUAGGUGGUGGGGGAGGAUCCAUAAUGGGAGGAGGUGGCGGCGGGUAUAUACCUCAAUCAGCCAUGUCCCAAGGUGGAGGCAUGAUGAAUGGUCAUGGACUUGGAGGUGGAUAUAUGCCCCCAUCAUCCUUAAUGCAAGGGAAUCAGAGUGGAGCACCUACAAUGAAUGGGAGUGGUGCUGGAUACAGCACUCCAUCAUCCUCUUCACAAACCAACCAAGAAGAAGAAGAAGAAACAGUUCCCUUAAUAUCACUCCCACAAUUUCAAGGAGGGUAUAUUCCUCCAUCAGAAAUGUCACCAGAUACUCAAACUAGAAUUCCAAAGUCAAUGGUUUCCCAAUAUAAAGAUAGAAAAUUCCCAACAUCUGGAAUUGUACUAAAUGACCCUAAUAUGAGGAGACCAGGAAUGCAAGGUGGGCGUGUUCCAACAUCAACCUCCUCAUCAGGUACUCAAGGUCAAUCCCAGGCAUCAGGACAAACUGGGUCAGUGAGUACAUCGGCAACAGACAGUGGGAGUAGAGGUGCAGCGGGAUCAGAUGCUAACUCAUUAAAUCAAACAGGAGGAGCUGGAAGCAAAAGAAUGCAAAAUACUGGUGGCAUACAAGUUCCUGGAGUGGGUGGGCUCACAGGAUCGAGUGGUCAGUCUGGAUUGAGUGGUCUCCCAGGAAUGGGUGGACAACUUGGAACAGGCGGUCGUCCUAGAAUGGGUGGUCUCCCAGGAAUGGGUGGUAUCCCUGGAAUGGGUGGUAGCCCUGGAAUGGGUGGUAGCCCUGGAAUGGGUGGUAGCCCUAGAAUGGGCAGUCUCCCUGGAAUGGGUGGUCUUUCUGGAAUGGGUGGUAACCCUAGAAUGGGUGGUAGCCCUGGAAUGGGUGGUCUCCCAGGAAUGGGAGGUCUUCCUGGAAUGGGUGGAAAUACUGCAAUGAGUGGAAUGCCAAGAAUGGGAAGAGGAAUGGGAAUGCAAGGCAGUGGACAAGACUAUUUUCAGCAAAUCAUGGAAGAAGAGAGGAACCGAGCCAAUGAGUGUACAGACUCUGUGGGUCAGGGUCUGAACACAUUGAUCAUCCUUGAUAAUUCCUCUCACAUGUAUGGACAAAGUUUUGAACAAGCUAAGGAGUUCAUAGAAAGGUUUUUGGAAGGACUGGAAGAUAACUCAAUGGACUUUGGACUGGAAGAAAAUGUAGCAUUGAUCACUUGUGGUGGCAGUCAGCCUAAGGUUGAACAGCACCUUACAAAUGAAUAUCAGUGUUUGAGGAACAAAUUACCACCAAUUCAAGUACAUGGGGCCAACAAUCUCAUUAUAGCCCUCCUUCUGGUUAUGGGAGCAACUGAAAGGGCCUUUGAGAUGUUAAUUGGUAAUCACUCUAUCAGGUCACGAAUCCUGUUGCUAUCAAAUGGCAAGUUUUCAAGUGGGAACAGUUCAAUGGGGACAGGAGCAGGGGAUCAAUCACAGGAGCUGUCACAGAUGGUUGAGUUAAUGCAGUCCAUUUUAAAACAAAACCAUAUGAAGCUUUUCUUUAUCCCUGUCGGAGAUGCUAGUGAGGACUUUAGAAGUUUAAUGCAGAACAUCCCAGGUGUGAGAGUAGUGGAUCCGUCUAAUUUGAAAGGGGUGACAAGAACUGUUCUUCACCAUUAUAUAACAGGAAAUGUAAAGGAGGAAUCUAGAGGGGGUGUAAUCACUCAAGAGAUCGUGAGGAAUGUAGCCAGGGCCAACUAUUCAGAACCUGAAGCCUGGGAGAUUGAUGAAGUAUUGGAGCUCCUGAAGGAAGAUCUAGAUCAUGAUGCCAGAAGGCAGGAGAGGCAUCAUCAGCAGAUGGGGCAUGGGAUGCUUGGAGGUGGGGGUGGUCUAUCCCCAGGAAUGUUAGGAGGUGGUAUGCCAGGACUAGGUGGCAGUGGUAUGCCAGGACUAGGUGGAGCCAGGAUGCCAGGAUUGGGUGGAGCCAGGAUGCCUGGAUUAGGUGGUAGUGGUAUGCCAGGAUUGGGUGGUAGUGGUAUGUCAGGAUUGGGUGGUAGUGGUAUGCCAGGAUUGGGUGGGGCCAGGAUGCCAGGAUUAGGCAGUAGUGGUAUGCCAGGAUUAGGUGGCAGUGGUAUGCCAGGAUUGGGUGGAGCCAGGAUGCCAGGAUUAGGUGGCAGUGGUAUGCCAGGAUUGGGUGGCAGUGGUAUGCCAGGAUUGGGUGGUAGUGGUAUGUCAGGAUUGGGUGGAGCCAGGAUGCCAGGAUUAGGUGGUAGUGGAAUGCCAGGAUUGGGUGGUAGUGGUAUGCCAGGAUUGGGUGGCAGUGGUAUGUCAGGAUUGGGUGGUAUGCAGUUACCAGGAAUGGCAGGAGGAGGGGGCCUACCAAAUAAUACUAACCUCCAGUCUCUGGCAGGGCUAGGAAUAUCUCCAGGAAGUGGCCCAAGGCCUAACUUACCAUUCUCUUGAAGAAAUUCUAAUCCAACUUAACUUUGAAAAAUGAGUUUACCAUUACACUCAUUAAGUUCUAUUUCAAAAUACUGUUGUUUGAAUUAUUAUACUUCAAUUUUAAUCACUGGGCAUGGUUUUUUUUUUGUUGUUUUUUGCAUUUAUUCACCAAACAUGUUAACAUACAGUCAUACCAUGUAUCACACACAUGUAGCAUGGAAACGAACACGCUAAUUUUUUGAUGUAUUAAUAUAAAUCUCAAAUUUUCAAGUUUUCAUUUGUGUAAUUGUUAAAAUAUGAUAGGAUAUUUAAAAUCUUAUACAUUUCUUCAUUUAAUGUUUUGAUUACUGCAUGAUUUAAUCAAUGCAAUUGCAGUUAUAUACAUGUAAAUAUAUACAUGUAUGUCAGUACAUGUAUUAUGAAUUAUAAUUAUUGUGACCUUAUCAAGACUGGGAAAAGUCUCAAGGACUAGUCUUCUAGAAAGCAAACCCAACAGUCCUAGAAAACAUUCCCAGGGACUACCCAGAAAACAGUCCUAGAGACUACUCUAGAAAGAAAACCCAGCAGUUACACAAAACAGUCUCACAGACUUCACUAGAAAAGAGCUCAAUAGUCCCAGAAAACAUUCCUAGUGACUUUCCUAGAAAGAGGAGUCAAUAGUCCCAGAAAACAGUACCAGGGACUACUUUAGAAAAAGAACCCAGCAGUUCCCUAUAAAGAAAACCAAACAGUCCAAAAGGUUUGCUUUCUGGAUUGCUAAUUAGAAUUCAUUACUAGUAUCAGGAUUUUGUUAGAUCCUGAUUGACCAGGAGUUACAUGUAUGUACUUGGAUGAUUUUUAUUCGUUUUACUUGUUACUUCUUUGUAAAAGGGAGGGUCUUACCUUAAUGUAUUUGGUUAGUUGAAAAAAAAGAUGGAUUAUUGUGGGGUUUUUAUAAGGAAAUUUAAACUAAAUAUCACAUGAAAUUAUUAAUUAAAUGUCACAUAUCAGUAUAAAGUGUGAAAGUAAAAACAGAUCACUUCUCAACAGAAAGCUGUAUUUUGAUAAUUGUGUUUUUUUUUAGUAAUAUAAGAUAUUUUUAUCAGUUGUAAUGAAUCUUUAUAUGCUCUUUACUUUAUAGUUGCAAUGU